AUGAUUGCGCAGUCAUCGCGGAAGGCUGAAGUGCAUGCCCGCAAAAUGCGUCACCUUUUUUCAGAGGCGGAUGUCAAUGGGGACGGCCAUGUCACUAUUGAGGAGUGGAAAGAUAUAUGCGAAGAUCCCUUCGUCAAGGUAUGGCUCGGUGCCCAGGGCAUCGAACUGGGGGAUGCAGAGCAACUCUUCCACCUGUUGGACAACGGCUCCGGCAGGCUCACCUCCGAAGAGGUCAUCAAGGGCACGGCACGUCUGAAGGGUACCGCCGCCACUAUGGUCAUCAUGGAGCACAUCCAGAAGAUCAGCGAGGAGGUGCAAACCAUGGAGCGGCAAUCCGCCCUGCACGGUGCAGCCGAGACGAAGCUGAGCCUGAUCUCGUGA